AUGAUAGCCUCUUCCUGGGUUAAGCAGUCCGUCAUCACUGUGCUUUGUGUGCUGGGUAUCCCGUCCUACCUCUCCGCUCCGAAGCCCAUCUCUGUUUCCCUGGAAGGCGAGUCCACCAUCACAGUACCCGCCAACCGAGCCAUCAUUUCACUACGCAUCUAUUCCGAAGGGCCCAAGCAGGACAAGGUCGCGGAUGAAGUCCGCAAGGCUGCUGACGAGAUCCUCGGCACCCUGAGGCCACUCGCGCAGGUCGCCACCUCGCCGUCCUCGCACAAUCUCACCAGUAAUGCCACCACUAUUUCGAUUGUCCCGGACGAACCCGCCAUUGUCGAUCUGUCAGUCACCGCAUUCCGGAGCUAUUCGUAUCAGAUACCCGGCUCUUUCCUCAAGUCCGAGACACCAAAGUACGAGUCCUCCAUCGAAAUCGAAGCAGAGUUCCGCUGCUUCGAUGCCCUCGGAAGCCUGCUUGCGCAAGUCAGCAAAAUACCCUUGGUAAAUGUGCAAUCCUUGAAGUGGAAACUCGACGACACCACCAAGAGGAAGCUUCUCGUCAAAUGCCGCGAGCAGGCCAUGGUUGACGCCCUGGAGAAAGUCCACGCCUACGUUCGGCCCCUGGGGAUGGACAAGGUACGCGCAAUCCGCGUGACAGAAAGCUAUCAGCGCAGCUCCGGAGUCGUCAUGGCGGACCUCCUGGGGGGCGGCGUGCGCUUCCAGCAGGGCGCAGACGACUGGAGCCGACAGGAGACGCUAAUGAUGGGCAGUAGUGAGCUGCCAGGCGAUGACCAGCCUUCAAAGACGUUGAAGCUUGAGCCCAAGACACUGGUAAUCGCCGCGCACAUCGACGGCGAAUUCUGUGCUUGGAAAACCGGCCUGGAGGCUUGGUUCAGGAGAGGGGGCGUCACUCCAAUACAGAUUCAAGGGUGA